CCUCCUCCUUCUCCUCCUCCUCCUUCUUGUCCUCCCUCUACUUCCACUGCUUCCUCCCGUCGCGCUGCGCAGAGCAGACGGUCCUCCAGCUCCGUUCAGCCCCGGUGCGAAGAUGGUUGGCGGCUUGUGUGCACGCAGGUUGGCCCGCCGGUCGCGGUCCGCCUUGAUAGCAGCCCUCACGGUGCUGCUCGUGCAGACGCUAAUUGUGUGGAACUUCAGCAGCCUCGACUCCGGCGAAGACAGGGAAAACGGAGGCUCCAAUGUGCGGGAGAAGAGGGACCGGUUCGCAGGCAACAAAGCCGCUGGCAGCGACUAUUUCCAGCACGGGGUCCCGCGGCAGCGGCAGCAUCUUCCUCCGCCUGGGAAGGGGACUUCUCGCCACAUACAGCAGCCGGAUGGAUAUUACUCGCACCGGCCAAAGGAGAAAAAUAGAGUGGACAGCAACAACGAGAACUCUGUGCCAAAAGACUUUGAGAACAUAGACAACAGUAACUUUGGUGCACGCUCACAGCCACACCGGCAGUCUGUAGGGGCCACCAGCAGCAAGCAGCAGCAGCGGGAGAAUCUGCAGGACAAGGCCCACGCCCAGCAGCAGGCCUGGCGGGACAACUCCCCGAGUCUGGGCCGCAGCUCAAACGAAGUGCUGCCUGUAGGCCACCAGCCGCUGGCAGUCAGCAACAAUGCCUCCUACCCAGGUGAUCAGGGCGUCGCGGGAAUAUCGCGUCAACACUACCGUGCCUCACAGGCCCAGCAGGCCCAGUCACAGCACAGACAUCAGCACCCGCACAAGAGGCAGGCAACUGCAGCGCCACUGGAGGUGACCUACGACCAGCCACCCAAGUGUGAGAUCAGUGGGAAGGAAGCUAUUUCAGCUCUUUCCAGAGCCAAGAGCAAGGAGUGCCGGCAACAGAUCGCUGAGGUGUACUGCAGACACAAGGAAGGGCAGUUAAUGCCUGAGAAGGUCACUCGCUACUGCCCCCUCGAGGGUAAAGCCAACGCUAAUGUCCAGUGGGAUGAGGACUCUGUGGAGAGCUUUCCAUCAAAACCAGUCAGAAUAGCGUUUGUCCUGGUGGUCCAUGGACGAGCCUCUCGCCAGUUUCAACGCCUCUUUAAAGCCAUCUACCACACCUCGCACUACUACUACAUACAUGUCGAUCAGCGCUCUAACUACCUGCACAGGCAGGUGCACACCAUGGCUGCCCAGUAUCCAAAUGUGAGGGUGACACCCUGGCGCAUGGCCACCAUCUGGGGUGGUGCCAGUCUGCUGACCAUGUAUCUUCGCAGUAUGGCUGACCUCCUUGCCAUGAGGGACUGGAGCUGGGAUUUCUUCAUCAACCUCAGUGCUGCCGACUACCCCAUCAGGACCAACAACCAGCUGGUGGCCUUCCUGUCCAAAUACAGAGACAUGAACUUCAUCAAGUCCCAUGGCAGGGACAACGCCAGGUUUAUCCGUAAGCAAGGUCUGGACCGUCUGUUCUUUGAGUGCGACACCCACAUGUGGAGGCUGGGUGACCGUAAAAUCCCAGAAGGCAUCUCAGUGGACGGCGGGUCCGACUGGUUCCUUCUCAACCGCAUGUUCAUCGAAUAUGUCAUCAACUCCAAGGACGACCUGGUCACCAACAUGAAGCGCUUCUACGCCUACACUCUGCUGCCAGCCGAGUCGUUCUUCCAUACGGUGCUGGAGAACAGCGCCCACUGUGAGAGCAUGGUGGAUAACAACCUGCGCAUCACCAACUGGAACCGCAAACUGGGCUGUAAGUGCCAGUACAAGCACAUUGUCGACUGGUGCGGAUGCUCCCCUAAUGACUUCAAGCCUGCAGACUUCCACCGCUUCCAGCAAACAGUGCGGCCCACAUUUUUUGCCAGGAAGUUUGAAGCCAGCGUGAACCAGGAGAUAGUGAACCAGCUGGACGCCUACCUGUUUGGACCGUUUCCCCAGGGAACGCAGGCCCUAAACUCAUACUGGGAGAACGUGUACGAGGAGCCAGAUGGCGUGGCCACUCUGUCGGACACGCAGCUCACGUACUUCCACUCCUUCUCACGGCUGGGCCUGGCCAGAGCUGCCGCCUCGCUGCAGGGAAACCCAAAAGAUCACAGCUGCAGGUACUUCCCCAUGGGCCACCCAGUGUCGGUGCAUCUCUACUUCCAGUCGGACCAGUUCCAGGGCUACCUGGUCAAGCACCACGCCACCAAUCUGGCAACUAGCAAGCUGGAGACCAUGGAGACCUGGGUGGCACCCAAGAAGAACUUUAAGCUAGCCACCCCUCCCAGCAGCACAUUCAGCAGGUUGCAGUUCGCAGAGAUCGGUACUGAGUGGGAUGCCAAAGAACGUAUGUUCAGAAACUUUGGCGGCCUAAUGGGCCCCAUGGACGAGACAGUGGGCAUGCAGAAGUGGAACAAGGGUCCUAACAUCACCGUCACAGUUGUGUGGAUCGACCCCACCAAUGUCAUCGCGGCCACCUAUGACAUUCUGAUCGACGCCAGCGCAGAGUUCACACACUACCGCCCGCCGCUCAACCAGCCUCUGCGGCCCGGUGUGUGGAGCAUCCGCAUCCUGCACCACUGGAGCCCUGUGGCUGAGAUGCACUUCCUCAUUGCCCCGUUGGCCUAUAACAAGCACCAGCCAAUACGACAAGAGGAUACUCUGAAGCUUCACAACGGGCCAGCGAAGAACAGCUACAUGGAGCAGAGCUUCCAUGGCCUCAACCCGGUGCUCAACAUCCCCGUCAGCCUGGGUUACGUGGAGCAGGCCAAGAGGAACGCGGCCCUGACCGGCCCAGAGCUCGAGCGUUGGUUAGACAGCCUGGUGGGCGAGUUGUGGGAGGCUGCCGACAUCUGCGCCGUGGGCCCUACAGCCUGCCCUGUCAUGCAGGCCUGCCCUAAGAACCCUUGGAGCUCCCUGAGCCCAGACCCCAAAUCCCAGCUGGGAAGCCCGCGCGCAGACGGGCGCAUCAGGUAGCAGCGAGGCCUCCAGCUGGACAGGAGGCCACGGCACAGGAGAUUCACUGUUGAUUUUUAUUUAUUUAAGGGGUUUGCUGCAGGUGGAGAAAGGAAAAGGGUUAUUCCUCUGUCUCGGGAGAAGAGGGAAACAAAAGAAAAAGUGGAUUUCCUUGGGAGGUUGAUGAGGGUGUCUGGACAGAAAACGGGGAGAAUGAUUUUCAGAUCCUCCCACGGGGUUCCUCCUUUUAGGGGAUUAUGCUGGCUUUGCUAUUUCAGUUUCUCAGUGUAUUUAUUUUUCUUCUCAUGGCUGAGUUUUACUGUGAUCAAACGUUGCAAUUUUCAAGCAUUUAUUUUGCUGCUGAAUGAAUUAUGAAGUCAGCUUCUAAAGCCCUGCGCGGGGCACAGCGGUCAUGCGACACUGGUAGCAGAGGAGGUUCUGCUGCGAAAAGGCCUUAGCUGUAAGACCAGAGGAGGUAGCCUGAUACUGAAUUAAAUGUUCCACAUAAACAAAAUGUGAUGAGAUCUGAGUGUUCAGAUACACCCAAACAGUCGAAAAGAUUGUUUUGAUACAACACAAAUGCAGCACUAUUAAAAGCAAAUUUCCUGUUUAUGGAGAACAAAUAUUUUAGCAUUAUUAAAGCUAAUUACUGCGAAACUCUUUGAGUUUCUGAUAGUUCAGUGGCUCAGUUUGUAAAUCAGUAGAAUAUAUCAGUAACAGCAGCCCAACUUCUUCUAGUUCAGUGCCUGAUCAGGAUGUGGAACUGUUGUAACCAUCUGCUGCAGUCUCAUUUCGUAAAUAUGGAAAUAGAGAAAUGCAAAUACAGAGGCCUUCUCAGAAUAAUUAAACCUAUUUGGAUUAUGAUAGAAAUUUAAUGUAGACAUUUUAGUGUUCUAAAUUCAUAAAUGCUUCAUUUGUGGUUGUUGUACAAUAGUAUUUUAAGACUUCACAUAGUGUAGGUUUGUUUUUAAUAAAAACCCAGAUGUUUUUUUUACAGUAAAAGGCAGAGGGCGUCUUAGUUUUCUUACAAACCUGCCUCAAACUUGAAACACAAUUAUCUCAAACUGACCUUAAAAUACUCAUCCUCAUUUUCAGCGUCAUCUCUUUUACUUUCUUACAGUCAUUUCGAUGACACUUUAUGUAGAACAUUAUUAUACAAGAAGUCUCAAAAGUUGUGUGAAUGAGGAGGGGGGAGGGAAGGGGGGUGGGGGGUGAGUCCAUGAGUCGCUAUUUAUUUAUAAGUUUAUAUUAAUACUGAUAUUUUUAGUCAGUGACUAAAUAACUGCGACGCUGCCUUGGCAGCAUGAUAAAUAUUUUUUUGUAUAGAAAGCCGCCUUUAUU